AUGGCUUUUGGGUCAUUUCUGCGAUCACUUCUGAGCGGACUCUCCACCUCUGUCAAGCCUUCUCACGUCGCUGUGCAGAAGCUUCAGAAGGCAAGAGGGAGCCCAAGCCCACCGCCACGCACCAAACCACAGCGACAACGCACGCCGGAGCGGGAUCUGCGGGACAAGAAGCGGGCGCGCGUCGACACCUGGAGCGCGUCGUCAUCAUCGCGAGCCCGCACACGGUCACCGAGAGAGACACAGGUUCAUCACCAGAGGGCACGGGAUCAAUUACACGAGAGGAAUCAGGAACAACAGCAUCAGCAUCAACAGCAGCAGCAAAGGGCCCGCGAUAGCUGGUCCGCCGCUACUGCUUCCGCCACCACGACGGCCACUGCCGCCAUCACCAGGGAGGCCUCGGUUACGCGCAACAGCCACCACGGGCGUACUGACUCCCAGCAUCGAAAAGUCCGCGAGAGCUGGCCAGCCUCGACAAGAGAGCCAUCUGCCACGCGCAGCCACGGACCUACUGACCGCGUUACUCGCCGUCACACUCACGCUCCAUCGACGACGACGACACGGCGGGACCGCAGUCAGAGCCGCCAUGGCACCAACCGGCUACUUUACUCGGCCAGCCCAGCCAGCAACAUGGGAGUCGUCAGCGCCACCGACCGAGCCAUGGCCCCAGACAUUGUGCGCGAGGUCAUCAACCUCAUUGCCGUCCGCUUCAGCCACAUCCCCUACGCUGUGAGCGGCCACGCUGCUAUGGCCUACUACGGCUACGAUGUCAAGCCCUUCAAGGUAAGCAUCAUCUGUCCCGAGCACACCCGCAAGCCCCUGAAGGGCUGGGCCCGGACACAUGACAUGCUUCCCAUCCCCGGAAAGACGGACAUCUGGGGCAUUCCGACGUCCGACGGGCUCUUCCGUCAGGUCCGCGUGAGGUUCCCCUACGACUUUGGCAGCGCGCACAUUGUCAAGGAGGGUCCAACGGCCGCCGCCGUGCUGUCGCUGCCUGGCUUGGCCGACGAGUUGGCUAGGACCUACGUGAACGAACUCAAGCACGCUGAUCUGAGGAGGCAAGAGUCUCUGGGUAAGGAGCUGAUGUGGGUGCUACGGAGGAUCUCUACCCUCAAGCAUGACGACCACUGGCUCAGACCCGAGAGAGCGCCGCACCUGGUCCAAGACCGGUUCUGGCUUCCCUUUUCCCUAUCAUACCCUGCCUCCGUCCCCCUAUUCGCGGCGGCGGGAUGGAGCAUACCUAAUGCGGAGAGCUGGUGUUCACCUUAA